CAACCUAUAAUUGGAGCUGUUGUGCUGUGUUGUGUGUCGUAAUGUCGUUGCCCGCACAAUUUGUGCGCAAUAUACAGCGCUUUCGGCUCGUUACCUUUGACGUAACGGACACGCUCCUCCGGCUUAAAGAUCCCAUCGCCCAAUAUGCUCUAACGGCAGCGGCAUGCGGCGUAUCUAUCACGGACAAUGUUCAACUGAAGCGAUGCUUCCAUCAACAAUUCAAAUUGAUGAGCAACGAGCAUUCGAAUUUCGGCCUCUGUUCCCCCAACAUGAACUGGCAAUCGUGGUGGUCACAGCUGGUGGUGAAUACGUUUAACUGUGUGGAUGCCAGCAUACCCAAUACCAAGCUGCAAACAAUUACCGAGCAGUUGUUGGCCAUAUUCCAAACUAGUGCUUGCUGGUCACACAUCGACGGCGCCUUGGAUUUAGUGCAGCGCGUCCGAGAUGCCGGCAAGUGUGUGGGCGUUAUAUCCAAUUUUGAUCCGUCGCUGCCGCAGGUGCUGAGCGCCAUGGGCUUGGCCGACAAAUUCGACUUUAUUCUGAGCUCUUACGAAGCCGGUGUUAUGAAACCGGAUCCCGGCAUAUUUAAGGCAGCUAUAGGCAAUCGGCCGAUUGCGCCAGCACAAGCGCUCCACAUUGGCAACAAGUUCGACAUAGACUAUAUGGGUGCGCGGAAUAGCGGUUGGAGCAGUCUCCUGGUGCUCACUCAACCAGAAUCUGCGCCCGAAGCGGCCAACCACUCGUUUACAAGUCUAGCCGAAAUGCUGCAGGCGCUCGAAACGCAGAAGAUUACCUGGUGAAGGUGCUGACGGGCAAAAUGCAUAUCAAUUUGAAUAUAAGAAUAUAUGUUUUAUUUCUUUUAUAAUAUUUGUGUUAGUCAAUCUCACUAAUAGAUAUUAAUGAAUUGUUAAUUGUUAAGAUUAUGCAUUUUUUCGUUGUCCUCGUCUUACAGAAAUUUGAAUGUGAUUAUUUUACGUAUACUGCAAUCGCUUGGGAAUUAAAAUCGAAUCCCAUUU